AGCGCAUGCGUUCUGGCGCUACUCGCCUCACAGUGAGGGAUACUGUCAUGGCGAGUGAAGAUGUGCUGGAGCGGAGCGUGGACGACGCCGCCACCUCUUCCAGCUUCCGACAUUUUCGUGUGCGACAUUUCCACUUGGAGCUGCGGGUGGAUUUCGAACGGAGGCAGCUGCAGGGGCGAGAGGUGUUGGAGCUGAGCUGUGUGCGGUCUGAGGGCGGGGGUCAGGAGCUCCGCCUGGACACUCACCCCAGCGUCAGUUUCCACUCGGUGUCAGUGCAGUCCGGUGACCGAGAAGGCCAGCUCCAGCCCCUGUGCCACAAAAUCCAGCCCUUCACCAGCUAUGGCUGCACCUUGGUGCUCACCUUACCCCGGCCGUGCCAAACCGGUGACCAGCUGCAAGUGGUCAUCGACUACACGGCUACCGAUGGACCCGGGGUUGUUUGGCUGGACCCAGAACAGACAGCAGGAAAAGUCAAGCCAUACCUCUUCACUCAAGGUCAAGCUGUCUUGAACAGAUCCUUCUUCCCUUGUUUUGAUACCCCUGCAGUUAAGAGUACUUAUUCUGCCUCCAUUAAGGUUCCUAAAGGCUUUACAGCAGUUAUGAGUGCAACUGACUGGGAUCAUGAUGAAAAAGAAAACAUAUUCCACUUCAAAAUGCAACACCCAAUUCCUUCAUAUCUUGUUGCUUUAGCAGUUGGUGACAUUGUGUCUGCUGAAGUUGGACCAAGGAGUCGUGUCUGGACUGAACCUAGUCUGUUAGAAGCUGCUAAAGAGGAAUAUGACGGUGUGAUCGAAGAUUUCUUGAAAGUUGGUGAAAAACUGUUUGGGCCAUAUGUGUGGGGAAGGUACGAUCUUCUGUUCAUGCCUCCGUCUUUCCCAUUUGGUGGGAUGGAGAAUCCCUGUCUUACGUUUGUUACUCCAUGUCUGUUGGCUGGAGAUCGUUCAUUGGCUGAUGUCAUCAUCCAUGAGAUUUCUCACAGCUGGUUUGGCAAUCUUGUAACAAAUGCCAACUGGGGAGACUUCUGGCUUAAUGAAGGAUUUACAAUGUAUGCUCAGCGGAGAAUUUCAACAGAACUUUAUGGUGUGGCAUAUACUUGUCUCGAGGCCGCUACAGGGAGAGCUCUGCUUCGACAACACAUGGAUAACACUGGGGAGGACCAUCCACUCAACAAACUGAAGGUCAAAAUUGAACCAGGUAUUGAUCCUGAUGACACAUAUAAUGAAACUCCAUAUGAGAAGGGCUACUGCUUUGUCUCAUAUUUGGCUCAUCUUGUGGGUGAUCAGGACAAAUUUGAUGCAUUUCUUCGGGCUUAUGUGGACAGAUUCAAGUUUCAAAGUAUUGUAGCUGAGGAUACUUUGGAUUUCUAUUUAAGCUAUUUCCCAGAGCUCAAGGAAAAGAAUAUCGAAAAAAUACCAGGCUUUGAAUUUGACUGCUGGUUGAACACUCCUGGAUGGCCACCUUACCUACCGGACCUUUCAUCUGGUGAUACUCUGAUGAAACCUGCAGAAAACUUGGCAAAUCUGUGGCUAGCUGCAGAUCUGAACAUGGAUCCUAUCAAAGCCAUUGAUAUGUCAUCAUGGAAAACCUACCAGAUAGUGUACUUCCUUGAUAAACUCCUGGAAAAAUCACCUUUACCCCAAGGUCAUACUGCAAAGCUUGCUGAAAUGUAUCCAAAAAUAUCCAAGGCUAAGAAUGCUGAGCUGCGUUUUCGAUGGGUGCAGAUUGUUAUAAAAAAUCACUACGAGGACGCAUUUGAUGAACUCCAGAAUUUCCUCCAUAGUCAGGGAAAACAAAAGUAUACUGUUCCUGUUUAUCGAGCAAUGUGGUCCAAAAGUGAAAAGACACGUAAACUGGCACAGGAGAUUUUUGCAGCCACAGAGAAGCAGCUCCAUAAAAAUGUUCAAAAUUAUGUGAAGAAGAUUUUUGUCUAACACUUUUAUGAUUCAUCCUAUAAAUGAUGAAGUCUUAAAAUUCUUAAUUUUCUAUUUUACAUUUUUUUCAUUUUCCAGCACUGUUUUGAAUGUUCAUAUUUAAAAAUGUCCAACUGUUAAGCAUAAUUAUGCCUUCAAAUUUGUGUUUAUAAAAUCAGGUAAAACAGUGACUUCUUUCGAAUCUGUAAUCUCUUCGUUGAUAAAAUGCAAAAUUUCCAUGUUUCAGUAAGGAAUCCUCAAUUUAAGUAGUUUCUUUUAAUAGAUGUGACAUGUUAAAGCUCGUAAAUUCAACUGUUGAUCCCACAGAUUAAUCACUUUUACAGUUAACUUAGAAAAUUAAAGCUGUAUCAGAAGUGUAACCAAGGUUUGAAUCCUGAAUUGAGGUCCUAGCAUCCAAACAUUUUGAUCUCUUUAGUGAGUGCAUCUAUUUAGUAUAUUCUAAUCUUUGUCUUUUCAAUCUAAUCACCUUGCUUUGAAUGAGCUUCAGAACAGUAUGAUGUAAUAUUGCUUUUGACAGUUGGGUUGACGAAGAAUGUUAGAAUCAUUCAAGGUUCAAACCAGAAGACCAGGAACAAUGCUCCUAAACUUAUCAAAAUGUCUGAAUUUUAUACGGAAUCUAUUACAUUUAAAAUACACAACAAAGUGAAAAACAUCAUAAAUUUCUCGUGAAGGAGUGAACACCCAAACAAAGACUUCCUGAAGCAACUUUGAGGGGACCAAAUUUCUAAUAAACUAAGAUUUUAGUAUUCAA